CCUGGUGACCCGGAAAUGUUUUUGCCCCCCCCCCUCCGCCGCCGGUUACCUUUCGUAGGGCUCGGCUGGCCCGAGUAGUGGAAAUCAUAACCGAUGGGAGUCCCGGCGUUUUUCCGGUGGCUGAGCCGCAAGUACCCGUCUAUCAUCGUCUCGUGUACCGAAGAGAAGCCUAAAGAAUGUAAUGGAGUCAAAAUUCCAGUUGACACUAGCAAGCCGAAUCCCAAUGAAGUGGAAUUUGAUAACCUAUAUUUGGAUAUGAAUGGCAUCAUCCAUCCUUGUACACAUCCGGAAGACAAGCCAGCGCCCAAAAAUGAAGAUGAAAUGAUGGUGGCCAUUUUUGAGUAUAUUGACAGGCUUUUCAACAUUGUGAGACCAAGACGACUUUUAUACAUGGCAAUAGAUGGAGUGGCUCCCCGUGCAAAAAUGAACCAACAAAGGUCUAGAAGAUUCAGAGCAUCAAAGGAAGGAGUGGAAGGUGCAGAAGAGAAGCAGAGAAUAAGAGAAGAAAUCUUGGGAAAAGGUGGAUAUCUUCCUCCAGAAGAAGUAAAAGAAAGAUUUGACAGCAAUUGCAUUACUCCAGGAACAGAGUUUAUGGACAACCUUGCUAAAUGUCUCCGUUUUUAUGUUGCUGAUCGUUUAAAUAAUGAUCCAGGAUGGAAAAAUUUAACGGUUAUCUUAUCUGAUGCUAGUGCUCCUGGUGAAGGUGAACACAAAAUCAUGGAUUAUAUACGAAGGCAAAGAGCUCAACCGAACCAUGACCCAAAUACACAUCACUGUUUAUGUGGUGCUGAUGCUGAUCUUAUCAUGCUUGGAUUAGCUACACAUGAACCAAAUUUUACUAUUAUUAGAGAAGAGUUUAAACCUAAUAAACCUAAGCCAUGUGGUCUGUGCAAUCAAAUUGGACAUGAAGUUAAGGACUGUCAAGGCCUGCCGAAAGAAAAACAGGGGGAGCAUGAUCAGUUUGCAGAUUGUCCUCCUGGUAUGGAACAAGAAUUUAUUUUUAUUCGCCUAUGUGUUCUGAAAGAAUAUUUGGAAAGAGAAUUAACGAUGGCCAGCUUGCCUUUCACUUUUGAUGUUGAAAGAAGUAUUGAUGACUGGGUUUUCAUGUGUUUCUUUGUGGGAAAUGAUUUUCUUCCUCAUUUACCAUCACUAGAAAUCAGAGAAGGAGCAAUUGAUCGUCUAGUUGGCAUAUAUAAAAAUGUGGUACACAAAACUGGCGGAUACCUUACAGAAAACGGCUAUGUGAAUUUGCAAAGAGUGCAGAUGAUCAUGUUAGCUGUUGGAGAAGUUGAAGAUAAUAUUUUUAAGAAACGAAAAGAUGAUGAGGAGAAUUUCAAAAGGAGGCAGAAGGAAAAGAGAAAAAGAAUGAAGAGGGAACAACAUUCUAUGCCUGGUGGACAGUUCACCCCACAACCUUUGGGGAGGGGAAACAGAUCAAGCCAUCAGCCGAUCAGCAAUCCUAGACAUGCAGCAUUUGAAAUGAGAAUGCAGAACACCACUCCUUCAGCGUCUCCUAAUACGAGCUUCACAUCUGAUGGUACGCCAUCUCCAGCAGGAGGAAUUAAGCGUAAAGCAGAGGACAGUGACAGUGAACCUGAGCCUGAAGAUAAUAUCAGGCUGUGGGAAGCUGGCUGGAAACAGCGCUACUACAAGAACAAAUUUGAUGUUGAUAUCUCCGACAAAAAAUUCCGACGUAAAGUUGUGCAGUCAUAUGUGGAAGGGCUUUGCUGGGUUCUCCGCUACUAUUAUCAGGGGUGUGCUUCCUGGAAAUGGUAUUAUCCUUUCCAUUAUGCACCAUUUGCUUCAGAUUUUGAAGGGAUAACUGACAUGCCGUCAGACUUUGAAAAGGGAACAAAGCCGUUCAAACCUCUUGAACAACUUAUGGGAGUCUUUCCAGCAGCCAGUGGUAACUUUCUCCCACCAACUUGGCGGAAACUUAUGAGUGAUCCGGAAUCAAGUAUAAUUGACUUCUACCCUGAAGACUUUGCUAUUGAUUUGAAUGGAAAGAAAUAUGCUUGGCAAGGUGUUGCUCUGUUGCCAUUUGUUGAUGAACGUCGGCUUAGAGCUGCUCUAGAAGAAGUGUAUCCUGACCUCACUCCUGAAGAAAAGAGAAGAAAUAGUCUUGGUGGGGAUGUUCUCUUUGUUGGGAAACAUCAUCCAAUUCAUGACUUCCUUCUUGAACAGUAUAAGUCUGGUGAAAAAGAGCCAAUAGACAUGCCCCCUGAAUUGUGUCAUGGUAUUCAAGGAAAACUUUCCCUGAAUGAAAAUCCAGUUAUUCCAGAUAAAACAGUGACUUCUCCUGUGCCAAUGCUACACGAUCUGACACAAAAUUCAGCAAUAAGUAUCAACUUUAAAGAUCCACAAUACCAAGAAGAUUUUGUAUUUAAGGCAGUGUUGUUAUCUGGGGCAAAAAAGCCUUCACCUGUUCUGAAGCCGGGUGACUGGGAGAAAACUAACAAUGAUGGCAGACCUUGGAGACCACAACUUGGUUUUAACCGUGAUAGGAGACAAGUUCAUUUGGACCAGUCAUCAUUCAGAACAUUAGGCCAUGUAAUGCCAAGGGACAGAGGACAGUCAGGAAGUGGAGUUUACAGCAAUAUUGGUCCUCCUGGUGCUUACAGUCAGGGGAACAUGUACAGACCACUACUGAGCAGACCACAACAACAGAUUCCAAAAUUGUUAUCAAAUAUUCGGCCCCAGGACUCCUGGCAAGGGCCCACACCCCUGUUUCAACAAUCAUCACAAAGAUUUGACAGAAAUUCUGGGGCUACUCCUCUUCUUGCCUGGAACCGCAUGCCCCAUUCCCAAGGACCAUCGUAUCAGCAAAAUCAAUAUCAAGGCCCUGGAAGCACAAUGAGUUACCCACAAAGACACAGCGAUCGGAGGGAACGCGGAAGACAGGGUUAUGGAAGACCUUAUCCAUUGCCCCCAUCUUCUGGAAGAUACAACUGGAAUUAGCCUUUUGGCCUUUUCCACCAUUUAAAAUAAUCCUGUUUUUAAUAUUACAUUUAUCAUCGGAGUAGUUUUCAGAUGAUAUGAUUUCUUUUUAAACAGUGUACAUUUUUAUUGAUAACAUUUGAUAUGAUCCAUUUGUUGCUUUGUAACUGUGCUGCAAAAUACAAGUGAAUUCAAUCCUUGUGUAAAACAUCUAUGAAGCAAGGGUACUGUUUUGUCUUUACUGUUGUAUUUGCAUUACAUGGCUAAUGCCUUUCAGUUUCACACUGGAAUAUUUCUUUGCAGCUUAAAAAAAGGUUUACUUGAGAAAAACAGCAUUUAAAAGAUGCACAAGGAUUGUAGAAGUGAGCUUAAGUCAUUUACAAGCAUGACAUUUUAAAGACUCAGUAUUCCUUGUAGUGAGUGAUUCGUUGAUGUGUUUGUCCUUUUUAAUAUAUGGUUUCUGAACUUUCUGAGUAAAAGUUUCAGCUUCUACAAAAUCUGUGUUGUCAUUC